CACGGCAACGGAAGUGUACCACGUAGCAGCUGAUUAUAACGGCAGUGUACGUUAUAGGAAAAUGUAAUUUCAAAAGGGGAAUUAAAAAGAGAGAAUUCAUUUUCGUUACAUCCACUUAACCUCUUCCUUCCAACCAAAAUAAUAAUAAUAAAAUUAAAAGUGGAAAAACCCUAACGCCUGUGGUGAUAUUUUGGCGGAGGAGGAGAGAGAGAGAUAAAACUCCUUUUGUUCUUCGUCAAACCGGUUUCUCUCUCUACGAAUCAGCGGACGAAUAUUUUCCCUCCUUCAAUCUAUCGACAAUGACAUGGGAUUCUUUCGACAUGGAUGAUCUUCUGAACUUCUCCGACCCCGAGGAGGAAAACGUCGACGCGGACGAGAAGCGGCCGCCGGCAAGGAAAAAGAUUCUUCGGCCGGCGGAUUCAUUCGGCCUUGUUGACCCCGGAGACCCCAAAAUUGUUGAGGAAGAGGACUUGGAGUGGAUUUCGAACGAGGACGCAUUCCCUCUGUUCGAAACAUUCGUCGAAGCAUUGCCGUCUGACCAGCGGCUCCGCCUCAUGUCGUCGGAGAACGUGGCGGCGUUUCAGUUCAGUCCGAUUACCGUACUCGAGACGAGGAGCUGUAGCUCUACCAGUCUCACCUCGACGACGACAACCACAACCACCAACAGCAGUGGCUCGUGUGACGGAAGCGAGGCGGCGACCGCAGGUGGCUCUACGGCCAUCAUGAGCUGCUCCGGAGGCCUCAACGUUCCGGUGAAGGCUAGGAGCAAGCGCCGCCACCCGACACGCGUCGACCUCCCCAGUGUGUCGACGCACCACGUGGAGACGCCACCGAGGAAGAAGCGGGCUUUGGAUGCGUCGGGGAGGAAGUGCACGCACUGUGGUUCGGAGAAAACGCCGCAGUGGAGGGGGGGACCGGCGGGGCCGAAUACGCUGUGCAACGCGUGCGGCGUCAGGUUCAAGUCCGGGAGACUCGUGCCUGAGUAUCGGCCGGCGAACAGUCCGACGUUCUCGCCGGGGUUGCAUUCGAAUUCUCACCGGAAAGUUAUGAAACUGAUGAUGCAACGGCAGCAAGUAGGAAAGUCGUCAUCGCCGGCGACCAGGAAGACUGUGAAUAAAGGGUAGGACGGUUUUGUUCUUUUUUCGAACCUUUUUUUAAAAAAUAUUUUUAAGGUCUUUUUAGGAUUUUGUAGUUUGGAUUUAGUUUUUUUUUCGGUAAUUAGUGAAUGAAUCGAAAUAGUAAUCCUCUUGUUCGGAUGUUUGUAUGAUAUUUUUUCAAAAAGAAAAAAGAAAGAAAAGAAAGGCCACAUUGCUUGUGGAUUUUUUAA